AUGAGAGUUAUGAGAAGAUGGAUAUUGAUGAAGUCUUUCCCAUGUGAAAGGUCUGAAAUUCUCACCUACCCGGACCAAAGCAUCCAGAGAUCAGAUCUUUUAUCUGUUGACUCUCAAUGCUACCAUUUCUUCCCUGAAAUUUCAGCCCACCUUCCUCCUAACUUCUUCCCUAUUCACCUCCCCGAACUUUUCUCAAGAAAUAGCUUAAAUGCUAAGCUACCCCUGUCUCCUAGCCUGAAGAGAAAUCAAGCUUCGAAAUCUCUUCUAGUUGUGACACAGAAAGAGGAGAAGAAAACAACCAUGACUUCCACAAACACCCAGAUCAUCUCUUAUUCUCCUUCUUCUUCUUCUAAAUCAACCCAUCAAUUCACUUAUGAAGUCUUCUUGAGUUUCAGAGGAGAAGACACCCGCCAUGGUUUCACAGAUCAUCUUUAUGAGGCUUUGAUUUCCAGUGGAAUUCGCACCUUUAGAGAUGAUGAAGAACUGGCGAGAGGAGGAGUCAUUGCAUCUGACCUGCUGAAAGCUAUUGAAGAAUCAAAGAUUUUUGUUAUCAUUUUUUCGGAAAACUAUGGUGCCUCUAGGUGGUGUCUAGAUGAACUCGUGAAGAUCAGUGAGUGUGGGGCAACCGAGGGGCGACUGAUUCUACCAAUUUUCUAUCAUGUGGAUCCAGCCCAUGUGCGGAAGCAAAGCGGGAGUUAUGAAAAGGCAUUUGUUGAACACGAAAAGGAAGCAGAUGAGGAGAAAAGGGAGAAGAUUCAAAAGUGGAGAAGUGCCUUGGCAAAAGUUGGCAAUCUUGCUGGAUAUGAUCUACAAAAAUAUCAAUAUGAGACAAGACUUAUCAAGAAAAUUAUUGAUGUCAUCCUCAAAGAAUUGAACUCCAAGCUCUUACUACAUGUUAGCAAGAACAUAGUUGGAAUGAAUUUUCAUUUGGAAGAAUUGAAAUCAUUGAUAAAACUUGAGUCAAAUGAGGUUCGCAUGAUUGGGAUUUAUGGGCUUGGUGGAAUUGGUAAGACCACAAUUGCCAAAGCUGUAUAUAAUAAUAUCUCACAUCAAUUUGAGAGUAGAAUUUUUCUUGAAAAUGUUAGAGAAAGAUCCAAGGACUUCUCAAGUCUACUUCAAUUACAGAAAGAACUUCUUAAUGGUGUCGUGAAGGGAAAAAAUAAAAAAAUAAGUAGUGUUCAUGAAGGGAUUAAUGUGAUAAGAAACAGGUUUCACUCUAAAAAGGUUCUUCUUAUUCUUGAUGAUGUAGACAAUUUGAAGCAAUUAAAAUUCUUAGCUGGAGAACAUGGUUGGUUUGGUCCUGGAAGUAGAAUCAUCAUAACCUCUAGAGAUCAACAGUGUUUAAAUGUGCAUGAAGUCGAUGCAUCAUAUGAAGUUGAGGCACUAAAUUACAAGGAGUCUAUUCAACUUUUCUGUCAACAUGCUUUUAAACAAAACAUUCCUAAAAGUGACUAUGUAGACCUCUCAAAUCGUGUAGUAAAUUAUGUGAAAGGCCUACCAUUAGCUCUUGAAGUUUUGGGUUCUUUUCUUUUUAAUAAAAGUGGGUCUGAUUGGGAAAGUGCGUUACAAAAACUAAAGGAAAAUCCCAACAUUGAAGUCCAAAAUGUACUUAAGAUAAGCUUUGAUGGAUUGGACAAGAAAGAGCAAGAAACAUUCCUUGACAUUGCGUGCUUCUUCAAGGGAUGGAAUGAAAAUGAUGUAACAAGACUAGUAGAGCAUGGAAGGAUUGUAAUAAGAGUUCUUAGUGACAAGUGCCUCAUAACUCUUUUUGGUAAUACCAUAAGGAUGCAUGAUUUGGUAGAAGAAAUGGGUAGAGAAAUUGUUCGACAUGAACAUCCUAAAGAGCCUGGGGAACGGAGCAGAUUGUGGGACCCCAAGGAUAUUUCCCUUGUAUUGAAAAAAGAAAUGGGAACGAAAGCAGUUGAAGCGAUAUUUCUAGACAUGCGUACAUCAAGAGAGAUCUCAUUUACUACUGAAGCUUUCAAAAGGAUGGAGAGACUUAGAUUAUUAAAAAUUUACUGGAGUUGGGGUUUUCUUGAUUAUAUGGGAAAACGGUGUCAAAAGCUCCUCCUUCCUGAAGACUUUCAAUUUCCUUCAUAUUAUUUAAGAUAUCUUCAUUGGAAAGGAUACUCUUUGAAAUCCUUGCCUUCAAAUUUUGAUGGAGAGAACCUCAUUGAACUCAACUUGCAGCAUAGCAAUAUAGAACACCUUUGGCAAGGGAAAAAGUAUCUUAAAGAGUUGAAGAUCUUGAAUUUAUCAAAAUCUCAGCAGCUGAAUGAAAUCCCACACUUCUUAAAUAUGUCAAAUCUGGAGCAACUAGAUGUUGAAGGUUGUAGAAGUUUGGAUAAUGUUGACUCAUCUAUUGGUUUCUUGAAGAAGCUUACUUUGUUGAAUUUGAGAGGGUGCCAAAAGAUUAGGAGCUUGCCAAGUACAAUUCAAAACUUGGUCUCUCUUAAAAGUCUUUAUAUAGAUGGUACUGCUAUUGAAGAAUUACCCUCCUUAAUCUGUCAUCUCACCUCACUUCAGUUGCUAUCUAUUUGUAAAUGCAAAAACUUGAGGAGUCUUCCGAGCAGCAUUUGUAGGUUGAAAUACCUUAAAAAACUUAAUCUCUCUGGUUGUUCAAACUUGGAGACUUUUCCGGAAAUCAUGGAGGAUAUGGAAUGCUUAAAGUCGCUUGAUUUAAGUGGAACGUGUAUAAAAGAGCUUCCAUCAUCAAUUGAGUUUCUAAAACAUCUCGCUAAUUUGCACUUAGAGAGUUGUAAAAACUUGAGGAGUCUUCCGAGCAGCAUUUGUAGGUUGAAAUACCUUAAAGAACUUAAUCUCUCUGGUUGUUCAAACUUGGAGACUUUUCCGGAAAUCAUGGAGGAUAUGGAAUGCUUAAAGUUGCUUGAUUUAAGUGGAACGUGUAUAAAAGAGCUUCCGUCAUCAAUUGAGUUUCUAAAACAUCUCGUUUCUUUGCGGUUAGUGAAGUGUGAAAACUUGAGGAGUCUUCCGAGCAGCAUUUGUAGGUUGAAAUACCUUGAAAAACUUAAUCUCUUUUAUUGUUCAAACUUGGAGACUUUUCCGGAAAUCAUGGAGGUUAUGGAAUGCUUAGAGUUGCUUGAUUUAAGUGGAACGUGUAUAAAAGAGCUUCCGUCAUCAAUUGAGUUUCUAAAACAUCUCGUUUCUUUGCAGUUAGUGAAGUGUGAAAACUUGAGGAGUCUUCCGAGCAGCAUUUGUAGGUUACAAUACCUUGAAGAACUUGAUCUCUUUGGUUGUUCAAACUUGGAGACUUUUCCGGAAAUCAUGGAGGAUAUGGAAUGCUUAAGGUGGCUUAAUUUAAGUGGAACGUAUAUAAAAGAGCUUCCAUCAUCAAUUGAGUUUCUAAAACAUCUUGCUUAUUUGCUGUUAGUGAAGUGUGAAAACUUGAGGAGUCUUCCGAGCAGCAUUUGUAGGUUGAAAUACCUUAAAGAACUUAUUCUCUCUGGUUGUUCAAACUUGGAGACUUUUCCGGAAAUCAUGGACGAAAAUUUAAUAAAUCUUGGUUUAUUAGAAACUCAGAAUAUGAUGGAUGGAGUAGCCCCAAGUGAUUUAUGGUGCCUAUCCUCGCUGGAAGAAUUAGAUCUAAGUCAAAACAAUAUGUGUCACAUACCUGCUGCUAUUACUCAACUAUGUAAUCUAAGACGCCUUAAUAUCAGUCAUUGCAAGAUGCUUGAAGAAAUUCUAGAGGUUCCAUCAAGUCUAAGAGAAAUAAAUGCACAUGAUUGCCCGAUCUUUGGAACUCUAUCAAAUCCAUCUACUCUUCUUUGGUCUUUUCUCCUCAAAUGGUUCAAGACAGUUGAGCCUACUUUGAAAUGGAGAAGUAUUAAUCUAGGAGGUAAUGGAAUUCCAAGGGACUACCUCGAGAUUAAUGAUAGUGAAUCAGAUCAAGUGUUGCUAGUGUACUAUCCUAAGAUUUCUUUUAGGGAUAGUACACUAUCCCUAAAAGAAAGUAAAUUAGAUUUUCUUCAGGCUUCAUUUUAUGAGUGUAGUUGGGGCGGCGAAAUCAAAAGUUGUGGGGUUCAUCUUAUAUACUCUCAAGACGGUCAACAGAACCAUAUCUCGUCGAUAGAUUUUCUUGGCACCCAAGAUGAUGAAGACAACCAUAAGCCUAUGUUGUUGAAUAUUGAGAAUUUUGGUGACAACAGAUCAACAACAAAAUCUAUCAAGAGAAGUCGUGAUGGCGCAGAACAUAACCAAGCAGAGGAACCACACCAUAAAAGAUUGAGAGAACCCAACACCCAUCUCAAGCUUCAAACUCAAACACCAACCAGCAGGACUCUCCUGAGACGGAUUCUGUCAUUUCUCAAUCUAGAAUUUUCCUUCAAGUCCUGGAUUUGAAGAAGAAUUUGAGCCACAUUUGCCAUGGAAGAAAAGUGGUUGCUACCGUGUAGCUGCUGACAUAUAUGCACCAGUGGCGGGCCUUCACCGCUACAAUAACAUCACUAUAUAUAGACCAGUGGCUCCCGCUCACCCCCACUGCAAAACCCAUUCACGGUGUUGAUGCCAUUCCCAUUCCCUUCCUCUAACAAUGAGAAGUAUUCAGACGAAAAGAAAUUUUGCAGUGGUCAAUAAUGAAGAUUAUUGGAGUGUGGAUGAAGAGUCUUGCUUGAGAUCCCUUCUGGACAUAUAUACAACAGAUCUUUCACUUGGACAUAUAUACAAAGGACUACUAGUUCUUAUUAGUCUCAAGUCAUUGAUUGAUCUAUUUUUUUGGAGGUACAACUUGAUGGAUAUUGGCCUGCAGAAUUUGGCAUGGAUUCAACUGGAAAUGAAUUGGCUUUGGUAUCAAUGGAACAUCCAAGAUCCUCUGUAUCAAUUACAGGAGGCCCAACCCUGUUAAAUGGUCAUUCAACAGUUCAUAAAUUUUUGUGUUGUGACACAGUGAUGACUCGUAGUCAGGCAUAAUCAUCCCCAUGGUGGUUCAGGAAAUAUAUAUCCAAUGGUAAUGAUACAGGGAAAGAAAAAUGAAUAUUUAAGGAUACACCAUUGGAAACCCAAUAACAGAUCACUUUAGUGACUUCAAUUCAAGAAUUGCAUACACUCAUCAAGUAGGGAUUCUAUCAGAUGAGCUCUAUGAGGCCAAUAUCUAAAAGCUAAGGUUGAUGGAGGUUUUGGCAGGGACAUGCUGGAGUUUUUGCUGAAAGGAGAUGUGGUUGCUUAUAGAACCAUGGCUACCAGAGUGUCUUGAAAUAGCCUGAAGAUUAACUGAUUGAUAGAGUUGUCGACUUGUGAUGCAGCUGCAGCAGUGUCAUUUAUACAAUUUUUCCCUAAAAUGAAGGCGCAAUACGAUUAUGGUUUGUUGAUGUUUAUAUUGACAUUCAGUUUGGUAUCUGUAAUGGGCUAUCCUCAACCAUCCUCAUUGGUAGUGCCACAGCCGUGUUUGUAUCCAUAGGCAUCUACCCAAUGUGGGCUGGUGACGAUCUUUACAAUCUGGUUGCUGGCAAUGUUGAAAAGCUUGGGAACUUCUUAGAAGGAUUUUCAGGGAAAUAUUUUAGAGUCUCAGGAGAUGGAGAAUCCAAGGAUAGCAAAACAAUUCUUCAAGGAUACAAAAGUAUUUUGACUUCAAAAAUCACUGAAGAUUCCUUGACGAAUUUUGCAAAAUGGGAGCCUGGUCAUGGUCGUUUCAGGUUUCGUCGUCCUUAGAAACAAUACCAAAAGAUUGGAUCCCUAGCUGGCCAAUGCGCCUAUCGUAUUGAAGCUCUUAGCAGUAGCUACCCUCACUCUCAUAUCCCGGUGUUGAGGAUGAAGCAGUGAAAGUCUGAGUCAAAGAACAGAUGCACAUUACUGCAAUUCACACACUUAAACAUGAUUUCAUAUCAGGGAACUGCACAACUAGCUCUUGAAGAUUGAUAAGCAUUGUGCUUUGUAAUGAUUGAAAAAUCAUUACCAUGAAUCAAUGAAAAUUGAAAUAUGCUAAACACAAGGUAGAAUUGGAGCUUUGUGCAUAAAAAAAAGUGUCAAACAGUUCCAUGAUCUUAACCUUCUUCAAAGGCUGGGAAAAAAAGCAAGCUUUGGAAUGCAUUUUGUGAGCAUAUGAAGACAUUGAACAGCUUGAGAUCCCUUCUGGACAUAUAUACAACAGAUCUUUCACUUGGACAUAUAUACAAAGGACUCCUAGUUUCUGUUAGUCUCAAGUCAUAGAUUGAUUUUGACUACAAUUGAUUCUGGUAGCAAGGCUCUUGAAUUUCUGAGGCUUGAAAAUGACCCAAACACAGUGAUUGUUUCUCCAAACAGUCAUUAGGUAUGGUUUACAUGAGUGAAGAUAAAUACAUUGUGGCAGCAACGUAAGUUCGUAUACUUUGUUCUUCUGGCUGGAUUUUUUUGGAGGUGCAACUUGAUGGAUAUUGGCCCGCAAAAUUUGGCAUGGAUUCAACCAGAAAUGAACUGGCUUUGGUAUCAAUGGAGCAUCCAAGAUCCUCUGCAUCAAUUACAGGAGGCCCAACCCUGUUAAAUGGUUAUUCAACAGUUCAUACCUCCAAUUUUUUUUGUUGUGACACAGUGGCUUAUUAAUCACCCCAAGUUUCAGAAAAAUCCACUUUACAUCAGUGGUGACUCAUAUUCAGGCAUAAUCAUCCCCAUGGUGGUUCAAGAAAUAUAUAUCCAAUGGUAAUGAUGCAGGGAAAGAGCCAAAAAAUGAAUAUUCAAGGAUACACCAUUGGAAACCCAAUAACAAAUCACUUUAGUGACUUCAAUUCAAGAAUUGCAUACACUCAUCAAGUAGGAAUUCUAUCAUAUGAGCUUUAUGAGGCCAAUAUCUAAAAGCUAAGGUUGAUGGAGGUUUUGGCAGGGACAUGCUGGAGUUUUUGUUGAAAGGACAUGUGGUUGCUUAUAGAACCAUGGUUACAAGAGUUUCUUGAAAUAGCCUGAAGAUUAACUGAUUGAUAGAGUUGUCGACUUGUGAUGCAGUUGCGUUUGCUGAUGUUUGCUGAAAGAUUAUCUAAAUGGCAGUGUCGAUAUGAUUAUGGUUUGCUGACGUUUAUAUUGACAUUCAGUUUGGUAUCUGUAACAGGCUAUCCUCAACCAUCCUCAUUAGUAGCACCACAGCUGUGUUUGUAUCCAUAGGCAUCUGCCCAAUGUGGGCUGGUGAUGAUCUUCACAAGUUGGUUGCUGGCAAUGUUGAAAAGCUUGGGAACUUCUUAGAAGGAUUUUCAGGGGAAUAUUUUAGAGUCUUAGGAGAUGGAGAAUCCAAGGAUAGCAAAACAUUUCUUCAAGGAUACAAAAGUAUUUUGACUUAAAAAAUCAUUGAAGUUUCCUUGACAAAUUUUGUAAGAUAGGAGCCUGGACAUGGUCGUUUCAGGUUUCGUCAUCCUUAGAAACAAUACCAAAAGAUUGGAUCCCUAGCUGGCCAAUGCGCCUAUCUCAUUGAAGCUCUUAACAGCUACCCUCACUCUCAUAUCCCGUGCUAAACACAAGGUAGAAUUGGAGCUUUGUGCAAAAAAAAUGCCAAACACUUCCAUGAUCUUAGACUUCUUCAAAGGUUGGGAAAAA